GUGAGUGUGUGAGGAGGAGUGUGACGCAGCAGCAAGCGAGCGGACAGACAGGCAAGCAGAGAGAGCGAGAGAGCGAGAGAGCGAGCAAUCGAGGCCUUGCAGGACUGGCUGCUGGCAGUGGAGCGCAGCGGAGAGCAGCUCGGGCUCGGCAGCGGAGGGACCCUGCCUGCUUUCCCCUGCGUCCGCCUGGGCCUUGCUCACACCCGCUAGGCCUGCUCUCAGCAGUAGCAGCAAGCAAGACCUCCAGCCAGCCAGCCUCUCCUCCUCCUCUCCCUUCUCCCUAUCCCUCUCUCUCUCUCUCUUCCCCCACAAACAGCUCUGCCUUUCCAGUCGCAGCCAGCGUACACAGCAUACGGAGGAGGAAGCAAGAAGGCCUGAGAGGGAGAGAGAGAGAGAAGGGGGAAAGAGGGAGGCAGCGGAGAGAGAAAGGCAAAUACCUUCCUACAGCCUACAGGACCCUCUGGCUGAAGCUUCAAGAGCAGCAGGAGCAGGAGCAGGAGCAGCGGACGAGAGGAGAGAAGAGGAGAGGAGAGAAGAGGAGAGGAGAGAAGAGGAGAGAAGAGGAGAGUGGCAUCGAACUCUAGUUUGUGUGGCUCCACCACUACUCUCACUCCCUCUCUUCUCUUCUCUUCUCGAUCCUCUCUUUUCUCACUCCCGGCGAAACCACGGCCCAGCCUGAGCGAAGCGGCCGCUGCCUGCUCCCCUGCCAUCGCAGGCACAGGCAGCCAGCGGACAGCAGGACAGGCCAAAGGAGGAAGGCUGACGCAAGUCCAGUUCCUGGAACGGCAGCAGCAGAGGCAGCAGAGGCAGAAGAGGUAGCAGCAGCUCACCACAGAGGUCUGAAGUGGAGGAAGGGAGGCUCGACACAUCAGGCUGGGAACAUGAGCAAACGCCAGAUGACAGUGGCGUCCCCCAGCACCCGUGGCCUGAUGGACAACUCGCACCCCCAGUCCGUCCUCAGCAAGCUCAGCGAGCAACGGUGCCAGGGCCUCUUCUGUGACCUAACAAUCGUCGUCGAGGACGUCAAAUUCCAAGCUCAUCGCAACAUUCUGGCAGCCACCAGUGGAUACUUCCGGAAUGCCUUGACAUCAGCAAAUGUGCGGACAGCUGGACACGUCCUGGAGUUGAUGGACCUGAAGUCUGAGGUGUUUGCUAACAUACUCGACUUCAUUUACAACUCUAAGGUGGUGACGAUAACAAAAGAGGACACCAAGUUGCUAGUAGCAGCCGGAAGGCGUUUAGGAAUUCCCUUUUUGGAGAAACUUGCAGAGUCUGACAGGCAAAGUUUAGGGGUCACAAAAGGCCAGGCUUCAUCAAAAACAAAACAACACAAACAUCACAAACAACACACACAAAAACCCAGCGCUCCAAAGAAAGAUACCCCAAGGCCAGAGGAACCUGACUGUGCAAAAGGUCCGCGCAUAACAAACGCCUUUUCCAUCACAGAGGUUGGUGCCGAAAACAACCCUUUCACUCCACUCGACCCAUGCUCUGGUGGGCAGCAGUCACCUACCCUGGGAACCCUCCCAGCCGCCUGCCCAGCCCCGAGCCUGACCUCUGCUGAGGGUGAACCGACACAGGCCCUGUCGGAGCAUUCAUAUGCGGUGAGUCAGGGCCCGCACAAAGCCCCACAACCGGCCGAGACAGAGCCGGUGACCGACAAGAAAAACAGUAAGCCAACCACAACGUCACCGCCCAAGACACUGAUAAGUCGAAACUUUGGGCCCAUCAAAAAGCGGCACCGGCUAAACUGUAUCCCUGCCAAGACUGGCGCACCACCAGCCCCGUGUGACACAUCAACUACGCCUGAGCAGGCACCCGAUAGCUGCCCUGUCCUGCAAAAAGCAACUGCAGUCCCGCCGCCUCCUCCCAUAACUCCACCGUCCCCACCAUCCCCAGAGCCUGAACCUGAAACUUGUCCAGCUCCCAAGUUGUUGCCUUUGACUGAGGACGUGGCCCCAGUAGAAAGAGAGCCUCCUUCCCUUAGUCCACAGGAAAAGCCCGAUACACCAACCUACCGCUGUGAGUACUGUCCUGAAGUGUUUGGGAACAGAGCACUCCUAAACAUACACACGCAGGUCCACAAGAGGAGAUUCGUCAGCCAUUUGUUUUGCAAGCACUGUCACAGGAAGUUCAUCCACCUGAAGAGAUUGCGCAACCAUGAGCAAAUGUGCUCCAAGGCCGCGAAAGGUCCACCCCAACUCGAGCCAGAGGGCAACACCACCACAGACAUUACUGACCAAACCACAGAUAUUGCACCCAGCGUGGAUGAUGAUGACUCAUCCGAGGCUCUUCCUCCACUGCACCUAGCUGACACGUUCACCCUCGACCCUACCCUGGAAAAUCCCCUCGCCCCGCGGUCCAUUUUAGACAGGGUGGAGAAGAGCACAGGAGGCCACAGAGCUUACAGGUGCAGCGUGUGCAAACGAGCAUAUGUAACACUGUCCAGUCUGAAGAGGCACGAGAACGUGCACUCGUGGCACAGGGCAUACCCAUGUCACUACUGUAACAAAGUGUUCGCCUUGGCGGAGUACAGAACCAAGCACGAGAUCUGGCACACCGGAGAGCGCCGUUACCAGUGCAUCUUCUGCCUCGAGACCUUCAUGACCUACUACAUCCUCAAGAACCACCAGAAGUCGUUUCACGGAAUCGAUCCGAGGCUGGCCGUGAACAAAAAGUCCGCCAACGGAGGCUUCAAGGGGAGCGUUUACCCUAUAAAACUUUACCGCCUCCUGCCCAUGAAGUUCAGAAAGAAACGUUACAAAUCAUACAGCCAUACCUUCUCGGACUCCGCGGACGACCAGGCGUUUGGCUCUGCUCCAGAUGAUUCCUAUCCUGCCACGCCCUUCCCUAGCACCGUCCCGAGCAGCAUUGAUAACAUCUGCUCAAGCCAGCCGCCGCUGUUCUCCAUGCCAGUCACGUUCAUGGCCACCCCUAAGACGGUGGCUGUCGGGAUGCCUCGCGUGAGCUUCGAAAGACCAUGUGACCAAGACAUGGAGCUCCCGUGCCUCUCUGACUCAGAAAUGCCAAGCAUGCCAUCCGAGCAGGUAGACCGGCAAGAUGGACUAUCAGACGCAGACGAGAGCGGAUCGCCCUUUGGAUAUGCAAAUUCAAUUACAGAAGAACAGACAGAAGACAACACAGAGAGAGAAAAUGCUGUAGCGCUUAAGAGCACAGGACGCAACAAGAAUACAAUUCCGUUCUUUAACCGGAAUCCGUCUGAUUCUGUGGGAAGUAUGAAUAACAGGUUAGGUGAUUUGUCUGCAGCUGCACACACGAUCGAGGCCAUGGCAAGCCAGCUCUUCCAUCAUCCAACUGCUGAGAGCCUGAAACCAGACAAGUCAGUUGGGGGCAAAACUGAGACGUACAUUGCAAAACCAGCAUGUCCCGGCCCAUCCAUAGACGGCCAUGUCUUGCCACUCUGUCACAUUACAGUCAAAAUUGGCAACGAGGCCAUCAUUCGCCGCAAAAUUAAAGGCUCCAAGUUAUUCCCAAAGAAAAGAAAGAGAAAGAGCUUGAGCCAGAUGGAAGAUACGACGGAAUCACACCCUGUGGAUAACGGCACUGAAAGCCCAAGCCUUCGUCUGAGGACAGAGGUUACUGCAUCUGUGGUAGAAAAUGAUGAUGAUACAGCCGACCCAGAGACGGACAAGCUGUGGCGGCCAUAUUAUUCUUAUAAGCCUAAAAAGAAAGGCAAGAGGUUACGGCUAAAACACAAGAAAGACCCCUCAGUGAAGUACUACAUGAGACCCAUGUCACCUGAACCCUCAGAAAACUUCCUGGAUGCAAGCCUCAGUCCCAGAGACAGCAUUUCAUCUGACAACGCAGAGAACAGACGCACCCUUAGAAGUAACAGCCCCAAAACAGUACACGUAUGCAACACCUGCAAGGGCCAGUUCUCCAGCGAGGCCUCUCUGAAGAUGCACGUGUUAAGCUGCAAGCGCCCGGUCUGUCGAAUGUGUGGCAAGCAAGCCUCCACAGAGGAGGCUCUCAGCCUGGGAGGCUUGUUGUCGGACCAGAGCCCCGACUUUGUCUGCAAAAGUUGCACGGAUGACAGCUCCUGUUUCGACAGUGCGAGUCGGAGUCCAAGCACGGAGAAACGCUACCGCUGCUCCUUCUGUCCACAGCGCUUCCUUUACCUCGCCACAAAGAGGAGCCACGAAAAGAAACACCAAGAGAAAUCCGGAAAGGGGUACAGCUGCCAGUACUGUCAUAAGAUCUGCAAAACCACCGCCCACCUGGCUUUACACGAGAAACGUCACUUUAUCAAAACCGAGGAGAGCGACAACGAAGACGGCGUGAUGGAGACCAACGUCAACAGCUCGAUCCUUCGACCGUCGUCCUUCACGGUCAACAAGGAAGAAACAAAACUCGAGCCGUGGGAUGGAGCAGAGAUCUGUGCUCCUGCCAUUCCAAAGGAAGAGGAUCCGAUGCAGGCCGACAGUGAUGGGCCUGAUCAGGACGAUGACAUCAGAAGUGGCUAUAAAAGCCCCCCUAUCUUAUCCCCCCGCACUGAAAACCCCUUUCUUGUGUCUCUUUCGGAGCUGCAGAAGAAGACUAAACACAAGCGACGAUACAUUCUUGACCGUCCCAAGAGCUUUGGCCUAGGUGGCCACAAACACGACUCCAGUAGCUUAACACAGGGCCAAAAAGGCCAUUUGCCUAGUCUAGGAAUUAGCAGUCGUUGCAGCACCGGGAUAGGCUUCUCGUCUUUUCUGUCAAAAGACCCACUCUCAAAGGGAUCUAGCCAUCAUGUUCCCAAGCAUAGUCUGUCAAAGGCACAGUGCCGUUUAUGGACGGAAGAACCCUAUUUUCAUGGGCACUAAAAACUUUUAGGAGAAGAAUGUAUGUGAAGAGAAAAAAAAACCUUAUCUGAUAAACCUUAGGGCAGGACCUGAAUGCUUGAUCAUGUUGCACCUUAGCUGCAUAAUUGAAUUCAAUUCCGUCAUGUUAACUUUUCAACAUGGAGGACUUAUAAUAAAUAAUAUCUGUGUACAUAGGGUUUUUGUCUCCACUUAAAAAAAUACAACUGGGUAGUUUUUUCAUGUUUUUACUAAGAGAACUGGUUUUAUUUUUAUAUGUUUUUAUUUGUCUCUACAAGACAAUGUCUGCAUUUCACAUCAGCUCCAUUCCUUUGAUGUAACCUAUGCAUUACGCAUUAACGACACAUACCGAGCACUUUCAGCAUACAGCUGCAUUAAAUGUUAGCUGACAAUGUGAUUUAGUCAUAUAUAUACAGUACUGUCCUGGAAUGCAUCCCAUUAGUUGUUAUUGCACAUGCCAUUAUUGCACAAGUUUAAAGGUGUUGUGUUCAUUUUUUUAACAGAGCUUUUCUUCUGAAUCAUUCACAGCUGUCACCUAAAGAUUAAGAGUCAUGCAGCAUAUUCAAAAUGUGUCUUUUCAGUUGUGUAUUACAAUCUAUGUUUUCUAACAUAUAAGCCAUACAUAGUUGGACAUCACGACAACACAAAAAAAGAGAUUAUGCCAUACAUUUUCUCAAUAAAGACAUAUGUCUCAUAUUC